GAAAUAAGAGGACAACGGUAAUUGCUGUAGUCGUGGGGGCGGGACUAGCAGGAUAUGCCCCACGUGGAUUGGACCUGGAGAUUUUGACGUCAUCCACGAGGCGUGGUCAUGUCUAAUAAAGCCGAGUCGGCGCUGCACCUGCAGUAAGUUCCACCGCAGUUAGAGUUCCGGGUGGCUCGCGUGAGGCGGAGCUCGGCAGUUCCGUCUACUUCAGCCGCAGCGUCUCCCCGCCUGUCUCAUUGCAUUCUCCAGAGAGGGGACGGACCUCCACUUCUUCUUUCAGAAAAAUGUCUGCUCCAGCUCAGCCACCUGCUGAAGGGACAGAAGGGGCUGCCCCAGGUGGGGGUCCUCCUGGUCCUCCUCCCAAUACGACCAGUAACAGACGAUUACAGCAAACCCAGGCACAAGUGGAGGAGGUGGUGGACAUCAUGCGCGUGAAUGUGGACAAGGUCUUGGAGAGGGACCAGAAGUUGUCAGAGCUGGAUGACCGAGCUGACGCCUUGCAGGCGGGAGCGUCACAGUUUGAGAGCAGUGCUGCCAAGCUAAAAAGGAAGUAUUGGUGGAAAAACUGCAAGAUGAUGAUCAUGCUGGGAGCUAUCUGUGCCAUCAUCGUGGUAGUAAUUGUAAUCUACUUUUUUACUUGAGAAUGUGCCAUCCCCUCCCUGUUCUCCAUUGCCAUCCAAGCUCAUGUUUCCCCUCUGUUUGCUCUCUCAACAAAGUCCUCCGUCUUCCGUUCUCCAUCCUGGCCCAGGCUUCUCUGUGAUCCGACCUUCCCUUUUUGUUGCAUUCAUUCGCACUCUUCCUCAAAACUAGAAAUGCUGCUCGUGGCACAGUCCUGAAAGUCACUGCCCGAAGAGAACACCCAGCACCUCCUCUUUACCCAUUUAUCGUGUGCCCUGGAGCUUAAACGAGUUGUGGCCAAGGGAAGGAGGGGGACGGGAAUGGCAGAGGUGAAGUGUCUGAGAAGUUAGCAUGGCUGAGGGGAAGAGAAAGGCAUUUGUGUCCAAGAAAGGCUGGCCUUUGGCAGGAGGGGAGCAAGAAUAGUUGGAAAGUAGUAGCUUGCUGCCAGCGUAUAUGUAUAUGUAUAUGUAUAUGUAUAUGUAUAUGUAUAUGUAUAUGUAUAUGUAUAUAUUAGUUGGGAACUAUGACCUGUUGUCCUCAUUUGGAACUUUCCUCCCAUACCAGGCCUGUCUUGGGUCCCAGAGGUCUGUUUAAAGACCAACUUCAAAUCCCUUUUAGAAAAACAUCAAACUUGCAUUUUGUAGCUACUGUUAUCUGUCAGUACAAGAUUUUCUGUGUCUUUGGGGAACUUUACAGCUUUUUGCUUUGUCUCUAUAGCCCUAGGAGAGAAGUACUUUCUGAUUUUAAAAACAGCAGGACACUCUUACCUUCUUCUAGAAGGCGUCCCACAUGCUUCUGACUAGAAGGAGCUACCACCUCUGCAUGUCAUCUGAAGCAUUUGAUGUUGUUCAUGAAGGCACCAAAUAAUUUCAGGGCAUGAGGGGCUUUGAGGAUAACAGGCUCUCAGGAACACGCUCCAUGCCAUCCCACUCACCAAUGAAAGCCCUGUACCUCCCUUGUUGAUUAAGAGAAAUGAGAGUUACAUGGUAAGACUCCCAGGGUCCCACAGAACACUUCCCCCUGCACUACCCUGUGUGUAAGACAAGGAGGAGGCAGGAGGGCCUUUCCAGAUUCAGCUCAGACUUGGAUAGCGGGGUCUAGGCUGUGUCAGGUGUACUGUGCACUGCUGUGUGGCAUGGGCCUCGCAUCCGCAGCUGCCUGCCAUGCUUCCUUCAGUUCUCUCUCUGCAGCUGCCGUGCCCAUCCAUCCUGCAUCACCUCCUUCCUUUCCCUCCCUUUGCAUGCUCUGUGUGCAGACUCUGGAACCGAGGACAGGAGCUGCUCAGUCUGUUUCGGGAGCUUCUGCUGAGCCUCAGGAUAGGAUGCUGCAUGGGAUAAAGCCAGGUGCUGGGGUGGGAGCAGGGCGGGAGCAGGAGGGGGUGUUCUCAGGCCUCUAUUCCUGCUGCCCUCUGGUCCACGAGCAGGAAGAGGUGGGCCGUGCGAGGCUGGGUGCCCACUUCCCAUGAAGCAGCAUUUCAUUCUGCAGAACCAUCCUUCCGUCCCCUUGCCCAUUUCCCACGUUUCCUUCGUGCUGCCUCAGGGCAGGACUGAAGAGCUGGAAGGAAGCAGUCAGUGUACCCUCCCAACGUUCCCUGAAGGUCUCCACUAGACUCUGGGCUUCCCUUUGCCUAGUGCAGGGGUCACCGCUGGAGAAGAACCAACACUGUCCUCGGUGUGUUCCAAGCCUGGAGCCAGUUUACCCUGUUGGCCCACCCAGCCCCAGCGGGGGAUUAUUUCCUGGGUUUCUGUCCCUCCAAGGCUUACCAGGUGUAGUUGGCUUUGUUCUUCUGGGGGUGUUAGUCCUUCUACUUUCUUUCUCACUUCACCCUGGACCCCCUUCUGUGUCUCUGCAGUCUUCUGUCCCUCCCACCCAUGUGCAUGAGCAAAUAUGCAACUUACCUUGGGAUCUGCAGUCAGUUGAAGCCAAGCUUCCCACAUCCUCUUUGUUUGCCAUGAGGUGAUGUGGGGUUUCCAUUGUGUCUGUCAUUACCACUGUGUCUUUCCUAACCCAGUCUCACAGUUUAUGUAUAGUAGUAAGAGUUGUCCUUCCACCAAAGGCAUGUGACAGAUUUACCAAUCUCAUGUAUUCUCAACAAAGGCGAAAAAUACAAAUUCCUACCACAACAUGGA